GCUGCCCCAGGGAAAGCAGCCCGACCCCGGGAGCCGCGAGGGGGCCGUGCCGAGUGACGCCCGCCGCGCCGCGCCACGCCUCGCCUCGACCCGCCACACAGAUAACACAGUUGACUGUCUAACCUCAAAAGAUAUUUACAGCAAUCCAGUAAAGAUGAUCAAAUUUUUUCUUAUGGUCAACAAACAAGGCCAAACAAGGUUGUCUCGGUAUUAUGAACACAUGGACCUUCGCAAACGGACAAUACUGGAAGCUGAAGUCAUUAAGCACUGCCUUUCCCGUUCUAAGGAGCAGUGUUCCUUUAUUGAGUACAAAGAUUUUAAGCUGGUGUAUAGGCAAUAUGCUGCCCUUUUCAUAGUGGUUGGAAUUAAUGAAACUGAGAAUGAAAUGGCUGUAUAUGAGCUUAUUCAUAAUUUUGUGGAAGUUUUGGACAAGUAUUUCAGCAGAGUGAGUGAAUUAGAUAUAAUGUUCAAACUGGACAGAGUACACAUUAUUUUGGAUGAAAUGGUGUUAAAUGGAUGUAUUGUGGAAACUAACAAGACCAGAAUUCUUGCACCUCUUCUUGUCCUUGACAAAAUGGCUGAAAGCUAGGAAGACCAAGCCAGUGAUGGAUAUAUUUGCACAACAUUCUUCAAACACGGACAGUUAAUUUCUGUAUAUUCCAAAGACUAGUAUUGCUGCUAGCAUUGUGAACCUUUUCCAGACUAAAAUAGGACUGAUAUAAGCAACUGUAAACUCUUCAUUCAGUCUUUAAGAUAACAAACUGUUUCAUUGUGUAACCAGUAAUUCAGUUUGGGACAUAAAUGGAUCCUUAUGGAAUUUUCUCUUUGUUUUCUGUAGGAUAAUACCUGAAAUCAUGCCCAACCACUUUAACACAUGAAGCAGCCUCGGAGUCAAACCAUUGGGCUAGCAAAGUCUACUCUGACCAGCUGCAGCUCUCUAGGGUCUAAGGUCUUUCACAUAACCUCCUAUAAUAUUAGCUUAAGGGCAUCCAAUGAAGUUAGUGGGCAAUAGGUACAUGGCAGACAAAAUGAAAUUCUUGUUAGCUCAAGAAGUAAUUAAAUUGUGGAAUUCACUAUCAGCGGAUGUAAGGAUGGCCACAAGAACUGAUGGCUUUGAAAGGAGGGGGGGGGUUGACGUAUUCAUAGAGGAUAGGUCCAUCAAUAGCUAUUAACUAUGGUGACUUGAGGGAACCUCCAGAAGCAGCAAAGCUCUGAAACCCAGUACAAGGAAACAGUAUAAGGGGAAGGCCUUGGCCUCUAUGCCCUCUUUGUUGGUUGUGCACCAAAACAGGUUGGGCACUGUGUGAAAUAGGAUGCUAGACUAAAGGGACCACUAGUCUGAUCUAGCGGGGCUCCUAUGUUCUUACUUCCUAAUCCUUUCAACUGGAGAUGCUGAGGAUGUAAUACAAACCAGAAGCUCUACCACUUAGCCACAGCCAUGUUGUUCAUAUGUGAACUCACUAGUAAGCUCAGGUCAUCAAACAAGCUUCCACCAAGCUAUGACAAGUUUUCAAAGGGACUGUGCCAGAGAUGAAAGUUCUCUGCAAAAAAAAAAAAAGUAGCUGAAGAUGCAUCAGAAACAGAUUCUGGGGGAAUCAAAACUUUUCCAUAUCCUAAGGUGGUUAUGGUAAUAGCUCAGAUGGUAAGAGCAGAAGCCUCAGAGGUCUUACACAUAAGGAUAACUCAUUUUCCUUAUAUGCGGACUCCUUAAACCUUUACCGGAAACGAUGGAUUUUUCAGCCAAGACUAGCUACAAUAGAUUUUUAUCUGCUAAUGCCAAUUUUAAUGGUGGUUAGUUCCUGAUAUUGUUUUAUUGCACUGAUGUUCUUAGCCAUGUGUAUAUUAUGCACUAUUUUAUGAUUAUGUAAACCACUUCAAAUAUAGUUUGUAAAGGCUCUAUUUUUUAUAAUUUUUGAAGUCCCAGAUCCACAUCAGAUUUGAGAAAUUCAUGGCAAAUAAAUCCAAUCAACAAUCCACAUAUAUAACAUUAAAUUUGUGUCAAUAGUGCUAAUGUCUCUUCCUGAAGUCCCUGUGGCAGAUAAUAUCACCACACUAUAAACAUAACAAAUGCUCUUAAAUGUUAGUAAGAUUCCAGCGCUAACAACGUGCUACAUUCAUGGUGUUGCUAUUGACCUUUAAAGCUCUAUCUGGCUUGCGGCCAACAUACCUUAAGGACUUCUUCCAUAUGAACCUAUUCCAUCCAUUCCAAUCAUCUUCAGAGGUCCUGCUUUGGGUGCCCCACCAUCUGAGGCUAAAUGGGUGGCAACCUGAGAAAGGGCCUUCUUGCUUGUGGCACUAAAAGUCUGAACUCCCUCCCCAAGGACACCUGCCCAUCUCCCUUUAUUCUGCCUGCAGGAGAAAACUAUUUCAUUUGGCCCUUUCCCCUUGUUUUGAUACUGUGUGUUUAUGUUUUUACUAAAUUAUUUUAUAACCUGUUUUAAUGUUCAAACUUUUUCAUGUUUUUAUGUUCACCACCUUGGAGACCUUAUUUGAGUGGAAAGUUGGCAUUAAAACAUUUUAAAUAAUAGUAAUGCUAAUCCAGAUCAACAAUUAACAUACAUAACAUUAAAUAUAUGUUAAUAGUGCUAAUGUCUUUUCCUGUAGUCCCUGUGGGACUACAGGGACUACCACACUAUAAACAUGACAAACAAAUGCUCUUAAAUGUUAGUAAGAUGGAAUCCUAACUGAAGUUACAUAGGAAAUAGCUGAAGAUAUAGUACAGUAACGGAACAAUAGGAUACAGCUUCUGUUUGUCUUAAUUUGAGAGAACACUUCUUUAAAAUAUUAAAUUCCUGCUAGACAAAAGCCAUGCAUGAGCCUUUGGAUUGAAGCAAUGGAAGUAAUGAAUAAAUAUAUCAAAAAUAAUUUAAUGCAGAAUUCCCUAUGAACUGGUGGUGAUUUUGUAUCUAUUUUUUUAAAAAAAAGAAGUUGGUAAAUAGAAUGUAACAAACUGGUCUGGAAUUUAAUUAAUGCUAACAUGCAACUGGCAAA